AUGUCCUCGCUGGUCGACAUUGUGUUUUCCAAAGGCUUGAUUGUCUCCGUGACUCCUGCGUCAAACGCAGCGUCCAUAUUGGAAGAUGGCGAAGAGUAUCAGCUACAAGGCCGUUACGUGACACCCGGCGUCGUCGAUAUGCAUUCUCACCAUAUGACGCUGUCUUGGCCUGUUUCGGAAGCAACCGAGGAUAGCAAUGAGAUGCACGCUCUGUUCGGGACUCUCACACCUUUUCUUCGAAUCACCGAGUCGUUGAAAGCGUAUGAUGCUGCCACCAAGCUGAUAGCUUCCGGUGGUAUUACCUCGAGUCUUCUGCUUCCCGGUUCAACUAACACCAUGGGCGGGGAAGGGACUGUGGUGAAGAAUGUGAUGAAAUCCGGCGCCUUAGGUGAGUAUGUCGUGGAAGAAAUGCUUCUAGAACACGGCGUCCCCCCUGAAGACCGACAUCGUUACAUGAAGAUGGCAUGCGGAGAGAACCCCAAGAUGGUCUACGGCCACACUCGAAUGGGGCUGGCUUGGCUUCUCCGUAAGCAUCUUGCCCGGGCGAAAGAGUUGAUGGACAAGCAGGAGGAGUGGUGUGAUUCAGCCUCUCGUUUGCGCACCGCAGCCGAGCAAAGUCGAUUUGUCGAACAGACGGGUGGGUUUCCAGAAGAGCGUGAACUCGAAUCCACAAUUGGUUUACUUCGUGGUAGAGUUAGCAUGCAGAACCACUGCUACGAGCCCGAAGACCUUGAAACCAUGCUGGGAGUCACUCGAGAAUUCGGUAUUCGAGCCCGCGCUUUCCAUCACGCGAUCGAGGCUUGGCAAGUCCCUGAAAUGUUGAAGGAGUACGGAGAGAACGUGACAAUUGCUACGUUUGCCGAAUUCGCCCUGUACAAGCACGAGGCGUACCAUCCCAGCCUUUACGCAGGGGCUAUCCUCGAUGCUCACGGUAUUCCAGUAGCAUAUAAGUCGGAUCACAGCGGAGAAAGCAUGAACGCAAAAUACGUCGUAUCACAAGCUGCCGUAGCGCACGCCUUUCACCUUCCAGCUGAGAAAGCCCUUCAGUCAGUGACUUCGAUUCCGGCGAACGCACUGGAUUUGGGGUUCCGCAUAGGAUACGCACGCAAAGGCUACGAUGCCGAUCUCGUUGUUUGGGAUUCUCAUCCGCUUUCCAUUGGCGCCACGCCGCAACAAGUGUUCAUCGACGGAAUCGCGACUCUCAACGCUAAAGAUGUAGAGAGGGCCAUGGGUUCGUCAAUGGAGGCAUCUUCCGCACCGCCAACUAAGGAAGAGCUACCGCGCAGUCGUGUCAGAAAGUCUAAAGAAGAAGCGGCCAAUUUUUGUGCUCUAGCUAAAAUGCAAGGCCAGAGCCUCGUGAUCCAAGGCAUUCGGAAGAGUUUCUUAGACAACCAUCAGCAACUCUCGGCCGCAGUCUCUACGUCAGGGGAAGGCAACCUUACACUGGUCAUCAACAAUGGUAAAAUUUCUUGUCUCGGGUCAUUAGAGACUUGCGGCGCCGCGAUCACGGCUACGGCCGACGGUGCAGUCCACGUAUCUCUAGACAAUGGGCAUCUACUUCCGGGUUUGACUGCAGUAUCACAUAGUCUAGGCAUGGCGGAAAUCAUAUUGGACGAGGAGACCGGGAACGGCAUUGCGCAAGUCACGGAUGUUAAAGAUGCCAAACCUAUCGACUACGCCAAGUACGGUGUUUAUUUCGACGGGAAAUCAUUCGCACGGGCACGUCUUGGAGGUGUCACCAGAGCCGUGACCCCCCCGGAACUCCCCUCGCUUGGAGGCGCUGGGCUGGUUCAGGGAGUCUCGACUGGUAUCAGAACCAGCGGCACGAAACGCCUUCUUGAUGGCGGCAUCUUUCAGGAUGAGGUCGGUUUGCAUAUGAUUAUUGGAGAUGCCAACAAGGCUCUCGGGAGUAAGAGUAUGGCCAUCAAGAAUCUCAGAGCGAUCUUGGUGGAGAACAGGGGCAAAGGGAAUGAGAGUGCGUACGGUUUGGUUGCCGAUGGCAAGAUGCCUCUCAUCAUCCAAGUUGCUAGUGUGCCGGAUACUCAACAAAUCAUCGCCGUGAAGCAGGAUUUUUCAGACGUCAAGAUCGUCAUCAACGGCGGACAUGGGGCGCCUUUGGUAGCCAAAGAACUAGCCCAGGCCAAGAUCCCCGUCAUACUCUGGGCAACACGUCCCGCCUUCGCUUCUUGGGAGACCAGAGAGUCACUCCCAGGCCCACCAUUGACGCGAAGCCCGGCAAGCAUCCUCAGUGAAGAGGGCGUAGCCUAUGCGAUAUCUGUGGAUGGCUCAGUUCCCACAGCGGAUUGUCGGAUUCACUCUCUGGCCCUCGAAGCCGCCUGGGCAGCCAAGUAUGCUGGUCUGAGUGAACACGAAGCGGUUCGUUUAGUUUCGAGGAAUGUUGAGAACAUCCUUGGGCUGGAACGUAGCAAGGACAUCGUCGUGUGGGAGAACAAUCCCUUGCAGCACGGUGCGUCUGUCGUGCUCUCAUUGGAAACCAAUGAGGACGGAGAUUUCGAGGUGGCCACAUGCUGGCCAGACGAUGACAUGGAGACAUCUGCAUAG